AUGAUAAUUUUAUUGCUGAUUUAAACAUGCUACAGUUCCAGUUUAUUUGAUAACUCAACGAAUAAUAACAUUACAGAUCUAUUCACUAGAUGUAAAAUUAAGGGAGAGAAUAAAGACAAUCUAUUAUUUCAGUGUUCAUAAAUGAAUGCCAUUAUUUCUAAAUCAUCAUUGAAUGAUGAAUUCAUCUACGCAUAUUCCUUCAAUAAAACAGAAGAUGUGUAACUAAGCAACAUGCUUCUAAGCGAAUUGCUCAUAGAUCCAGAAACUCAACAGUACCAUAUUAAAUUGCAAGUUUUAUACAAUUCAUACUAUGGAGAUCUGCUGUAGAUGAUUACGUCUCUUUCAGUUCAUAAAUACUCAUUCUAUAAUUACUAAGCAACUGUGAUUGAUGGGAUCUUGAACAUGAUUGGACUUCUAGUAAGUCAUAUCAAUGAACAGUAUUUUACGUGUUAUUUUAUUCCAAUUCAUCCAAGUAGGGUCAAUUCUUUUCCAUUGAAGGCACUCAACUUUACUUGUGAUACCACUUGUGAUAUAAAGGGAUUUUCACAAUAUUACAAUAAAUAAAGAAAUAGCCUAAUAAUAGUUAUUGCAGAAACGAAUAUCUUAAAUCUGUUGGAGUACUCUUUUUUGGAUUGGCAAUUGAGAUAUGUUUCGAAAUAUUCCGUUUCUGACUUUCUUGAUAGAAAUGAGACCAUUAUGGAAUUAAAAUCAUUUGAAGAUUAUUUACUAGUUGAAUUACAAACUUGUUAAGCAUUAUUUUCGAUUUCCUCCAUUGUUUUUGAAGUUCAACUCUUAAAAUUAUUCUCCAAGUCCCCUUUACAUCUUGAUCAUAACACUAAUCUGAUAUUUUAGAAAAUCAACAAUUAAACUUAAGUCUAUUACAUAGAAAAUAAUAAAAAUUGGUUAACUUAACAAUAAGUUAUUUAAAAAUAGAUCUUAGAUGCUCCUUUUACUGAUUCCAUAUUUGUUCUAAAUGAAAGGUAAUUCGUUUUUAUUUAUGACAACAUGGAAAUAUUAACAAUAUAAAUGGAUAUAUAACAGAAUAUCAUUCAGGAGAUGGAGUGUUUAAACGAAUUUACCCAAUUUCCAUAUCCCAAUUAUUAAUCUAUACUAUAUUAACUCCAAUUCUUAGGAGAGGACUUAGAAUAAAAUUCUUCUAAAAUUGCACCUCUCGAGGAAUUGUAGAAUUAUACUUCUUGUCUUAAGCCUUGUGAUCUUUUAUAUUAUAACUAUGAGAUCUCUUUAGUUCCAUACGAAUAAUAAUGUAUUAGUUCUGAGUUAUAUUAAUAAUUUACUGAUUAUUGCAGUUUCCAAAGCAGUUGCUCAAAAUGUAACACUCAAAUUGGUUGCAAUUGGCAAAAUGAUUCUUGCCAAAAGGAAACUCAAAUGUAUGAGAUUGAUUUAUCCUCAAAUGAGUAAAGUUCCAAGUGGUAUUAUGGUAAGAUAUGGUAAUGUGAGGAAAUAUAAUCGCAAUCCUCCUCGGCCUUUUGCGACUACAAUUAAACUGAAUUUUCAUUGAACAAACAAUUUACCUAUUAAGGGAAGAUUAGAAAAGGGCAAAUUUGUUCUUGGUUCUAUGACGCUGAGGAAAUUCAGCAAUUCAACAUAUUUUUCAAGGCUGACCUCGUGAAAAUCCCUUCUUAUGUUUAGAUAUCCAUAUGUUUAGGUUUAAAUAAGAACGAGAUUUGCACUUAAAUGAAUUUUGUACCAUGGGAUCUCAAUUAGACCACUACCUAUCCCUUCAAAGCCUAUUACUUUAGAUACACUAUUAUAUUUGUUGAAGAUAAUUUGGCUAAUAAUAUUUCGUUCUCUUUUUAUAAUUCUCCUCCAAUUUCAAUGGCAGAACGACUCAAAUCUUCUUUGCUGUAGAUGUUGGUUUGGCUCUUAUGCGGCAUUUUCCUAUUUUGUAUCAUGGGAUACAUGGCUAAGAGAAGACUAUAGUAUUUGGUAGCCCAAACCAUAGACAACGAUCUAAUCUACAUUGCACCCUACUUACAAAAUUAGGUUCCUUUGUCGAAUGAGAGAUUGAAGAAUGUGAUGCAGAAUUUAAUUGACUAAGAAAUUAUUACGAAGUAUCCAUCUGACCCUUCUUUAUUGUUGUAUGGAGAGGAUUAGUGUUCAUUUUGCUUUGAUUAAUUUGAUGUUUCCUAAUUCGUAGCUCAAUUAUUUUGUGGACAUGUUUAUCACUACAAUUGUUUUGAGGAUUGGAUGAGAAUCAAAGGGUUUUUUGAUAAAUGUCCAAUUUGCAAUUAGAAAGCAGAUUACUUCUUAGCCAACAAAGAAGAGUAUGCAAUCAUUAAAUCUUAAAUUUUGGACAGAUUAAAUGAGUCGGAUAAUCAUACUUCUCAUUUAAUUAAAUGA